AUGGCGCGUCAACGGAAAGGCGCGAACCCACUUAAACGCAAGCGCAGCCCAUCUCGGCUGCCCGAGUGCCAAUCAGGGACCGGUUCUACGCCCAGCUCGCCAGAAAAGAAGAAAGUGAGAUGGGAGUCCAAAGCAGUAGAUUCGACCGUCGACGGCACUGAAGAGGACGACGAUUCAGAGACCGAUUCCGAAAAGGUGAGGAUAGGAGCCUGUAGAUACACCCCGUCUCUCUCAACAUCGCCAGAUUUGUCUGGCAAUAUCCUGCCAAAAAAUGUGGCUCUGCUAGUGGACGAGUCGGCUGCGCCUAUUAUGACCCGGUCAAGUGUACAAUAUAUGUCCUCGAAGACACUCAAGACUCGAAACAUUUCGAGUUGGCUCUCAUGGGCACGCAGCUCUCCUUCCUCAUUCCGCGGAACUCUGACUGCGCGGCCAGUUCUGGAGCAAGCGAGUCCCGACGUCGUGAUCACCACUUCGCGCUCGGACGACCAGUUUAUGGACAUUGCGCGCGCUCACAUGGACGCAUCCGGGGGCGUCUUCCAGAUCCGGCCGCAGAAGGAAUUCGUGCCCAGCAAAGGCCGUGAGCGGCUGCUGUCCCUGCGCCUCCUCGCGCACAUUCCGCGCAGCAGCUUGGAUCUCCCCGCGUCGUCGGACGACGACCGGGACGGCGUGUCCGUCGUGUCGCAGACCCGCAAUGCGUACGACUUCAUGCGCCGGAGGCACGAGGUGCGCGGCGGGGACCCUACUGUCGCGCGGUGGAACGCAUGCAUACGGUUGUCCAACUACACCGCGGUAGAGUCUUCUCCGCUUUCUAUAUCGUGUAUCGGCGCACUUCUAGAUUAUCUGGUGCGCGAUAGAGCUGCGAACGAUCUCGAGGAUGAAGGGAUCGGGGGCUUGGAAGUUAGAGGUAUAGAGACUCUCGCUCUAGACGAAGUAAUGCACAUGAACGCCGACGCCUUGUUUUCGCUUCAAGUCUUUGAGAACGAAAGCCACGCGUCGAUGCACUCGGACAAGACGAAAGAGGGCUUGUCGCUGUUCGGGACCUUGAACCAUACGAAAACGACACUCGGGCGUGCUCUGCUGCGUACCUGGCUUCUGCGCCCAUCCCUAUCAUUACCCGUCAUCAAAGCGCGACAUGAUGCCGUAGCGUGUUUUCUUGCCGCGGAGAAUGUCAUUCCCGCCUUUGCGAUGCACGGCCAUCUGAAGGGCAUCAAGAAUGUACCCCGCAUAUUGGAGAUGAUGCGGUCGGGCAAAGCCAAGCUGUGUGAUUGGCAAGGACUGGUGAAGCUCGGUGAGAUAUUGGACAUUGCCAGCUUCAGAGACGUUGGGAACAGGAUCAACGGGAUAGUCGAUUGGGAAGAGUCUGCCUGUGCUGGGAGAGUCUGUGUGCGACCGCACAUCGAUGAAGAACUUGACAACCGAAAGCACGUUUACCACGGGAUCGACGCUGUCCUGUCCAAAGUUGCCGAGCAAGUCUGCGAAACAGUGCCCCAAGACUUCACGACUUGCUUGAACAUUGUCUAUUUCCCCCAACUGGGAUUCCUGGUGUGCGUUCCGAUGCUCGAAGCUUGGAAAGGACCGGACGGAAUCCAGCUGAUUGAGGGGUGGACAUAUCAGUUUUCGUCCGACUCUCACGUAUACUUCAAGUCGCAGGAGAUGACCGAUCUGGAUAUCCAUGUUGGGGAUCUGCACCCCUCGAUUGUCGACCGCGAGCUGGAAAUCGUGCAGGAGUUGCUGGAGGAGAUCUCUGUUCACUUUGAAGCGAUGGCUGAAGCUUGUGAUGUUUGUGCGGAACUGGACUGCCUAUUGUCCUUUGCGGAAGCGUCGCGGACGUUUGACUUCCGCCGACCUCAGAUGGUCGAAGACAAUAUCAUCGAUAUCAAGCAAGGGCGACAUCCGCUUCAGGAACAAGUUGUCGAUACGUUUGUCCCCAAUGAUGCGCAUCUUGUCGGUGGGUCUGGUAACAGGUCGGUGCUGGUCGGCGAUGAGACGACGUUGGAGGAAGAGGAAUGGAAUAGUAUAGUGCUGUGCACCGGAGCCAAUGCAUGCGGCAAGAGUGUCUACAUCAAACAGGUUGCCCUCAUCCAGUAUAUGGCACAGAUUGGCUGCUUCGUGCCCGCUGAAUCGGCUACUCUGGGCAUCGUCGACAAGAUCUUUACGCGCAUCGCAACAAGAGAAUCCGUCUCUCGCGUGCAGUCGGCGUUCAUGAUCGACCUCAAUCAAGUGUCGUUUGCUCUCCGCAACGCAACAUCUCGUUCUCUGAUUCUGCUGGAUGAAUUCGGCAAGGGGACGCUCUCAGCAGAUGGUGCUGGGCUGUUCUGUGGUGUCCUCAAGUACCUGCUCGAACGCGGACCUCACUGCCCCAAAGUUCUCGCUGCGACUCACUUCCACGACGUCUUUAGAGAAGGCCUGCUUGAUCCAGACGCUGUUCCGAUCACUUUUCUGCAUAUGCAAGUCCUGUUCACUGCAAAUGACGGCCAGAUCCUCGACUCGGACGCCUCUCAUGGACUUGUCAAGCCUACUCUUCGAAGCAACGCUUCGGACAAUGACGACGGCUCACAGAAGAUCACGUAUCUCUACAGAGUCUGUGAAGGGCUUUCUCUCCAAUCUAGUGCAGCCAAGUGCGCCGAGAUCUUCGGAGUCCCGACGCGCAUCGUUCAACGCGCUGAGCAUGUCAGCCACUUGAUCUCGACGCACGAGCUUGGGCAGCUGUUGGACGAGGAAAUGACUGACGCGGAGAGAGAAGAUCUGGCCGACGCAGAGGCCGUUUGUCGUCGAUUCCUGGAAUGGAAACUCGAAGGCGACGGCGGUGGGCAUGUCCAAGCUCGACUCGGUUUUGUGCUGGGCGUCGAUCCUGCCGAGGCUAUGUCGUAA